ACAGUCCUAUCUAUCUCGCCACCAGUGUUAGUUUUACAUCGUGUAACGGAUCGGCCGUUUCAUCAAGUGUAGUUUGAAUUAUUAUUAUUUAUUUAAAAAAAAAUAACAGGAAACCGAAUUUAUUCCGUACCUGAUCCAUUUGAGUUACUCGUGAGGGAAAUUACGGAAUAUUUUAUGGAUAAAAUCAGCAAUUCUAAUAACGAAUGCAAAUGGGAAUCCAAACGACUUAUCGCCCUAGAACCACACAGCUCGGAAGUGAAGUUGGUAAAUGCCCUGGACCAAUUAAUUGAUUCUUCGUGGGACGAUGAUGACGAGGAAUGCGAUGCGCUGCUGGCUUCGUUCAUUUGCACGACUAAAGAAUCUUCAUAUUACACCAAAGAAACAUUAGUGAAUGCUUUGAAAUUUGAGCAACAUAGAAAUGACACAACGAAUAAAAUCACUGGUUUAAACGAAGUGAAUUUCACCUGUUUGGCUAUUUCACAUCGAGUGUCGGUUUUGAUAAAUUGGGGAUAUGCCGAACUGAAGUAUACUGACUGUCCAAACGAACAACGAUUACUGGCUGUGCUGAAUCAAAUACAGCCUUAUAUCGAUGAAUACCGAUCUGAUGACAUUGUACUACAAUUCCUGCAAUGUAUAUGGAACUAUGCAAUAGGAAAGGAGAAAUCAGAUCUGAUAUCAAAGUUAGUUACGAUAGAUCCUAGUAAAAUAGAGCAAAUAAUUGAUAAUCUAAUUUCUAUUGAUAUGAAUGAUUGUAAUUUAACUGAUAACCAGGACUUCAAAAUUUUAGUGCAAAUAGUUUGUAUACCAGAAGUGUUCAGAUGUGUUAGUUCACACUUAGCAAAACAGGAGAUCAGUGCGUCUAGCGACAAAAUUCAGAUACUUCUAAAUAGUAUCUUAAAAACGUUAAAAACAAGUUUGUCCAAACAUCAGUAUUUAAGUUUAUACUCACCUGAUCUCAAGCCAAUCGUUACGAUCUUGAACGAAGCUAUCAAUCAAGAUAACGCUGCUGUUCUUGGUAUGUUAAAAGCAAUUAAAAAUACAUGUUUGUUGGAUUUUAUUAUUUUAGUUACUCAUUUUCCCGCAUUCAUAUAUUUGAAAUAAACAAA